UAGAAGCUCGAGCAAACCAUGAUUCUACCCUCGUUAUUUGCCGCAAAGUCACUGAGUGUUGUGCCUUUACCUACCUUCACCUACACGACAGACAACCGCGACUGAGUUUAACACUAGCACCACGAUAAUCACACAAUCGCUCACUCACAGUCCCAACAACUGUAUCCAUCACAGUUAACAUUCAUCCAAACCUAACAUGCUCAAUCAUUACCAGACUCUCAACGUGAGCGCAUCGGCAGACCUUGCGGCGAUCAAGAAAGCGUACCACAAGAUCUCGUUGCUGCACCACCCAGACAAGACCGUCCAUCUAGCAGCGGCCGAGCGCGCUCAACGUGAGCACUUAUUCAAGCUUGCCAAUGUCGCCUUCGAAGUGCUUUCCGACCUACAUAAGCGCAAGAUAUACGACCAGAACCUCCACGCAGGGCAAAAUCGACCUAAAGCACAGGGCAGCAAUACUACCGCACGCCCGACCACAGCACGCGCACCGAAUAGUCAAGCUCCCCCUCCGCCGCCGCCUCCGCGUACGUCCAGAGCGAAGCCUGGAGGUACUCAGGGUUUCCAGGGUCCCCAGGACCUCCAGCGUGCGCCGCUCAGCACUCACCGAUUCUCUGCCACUACGCUUGGAACGGCACCCGACUUCAACUGGUGUCACUGCGAGGUCAACGAACGAAGCGAGCUCACAAUACUGACGUACAGCAACUGGCUAGGCUGGAGGUUUUCAGUAAAUAUCGCGCGUCACCUCAAGGUAGUAGCCAAGCCAACCAUACCAGAGAAGCCAGUCUCAGAGCGCAUCUUUGUUCGCCUACCUCUACAACGAAAGCCGAAGCAAGUCACCGAUGCGCCUACUGACGUGGUCAUGAACCUAAGAAGCACACCCAACUCCAGACACACAAUUUUGUGCUUGACGCUUAUCGAGACGCUGGGGGCAGGGUUAGAGUUCCUUGUGGAGAUUAUCAUCGCAUCUGAAGCGGCACAGAUUGAUGUUCAGGAGCCAGUUGCGUGGCAGUGGGCUUACAAUAUCGACCACGAGCCUUUAUCUCCUGGUUUCAGGGUCAAGGUCACUAACCUCAUAUUCUAUCCGUUCAAGCCUUACCCAGCCGUCUUGCCGAGCGGGGGCAUGCCCACGACUCCCUACCCUGUUGGAUCGCCUAUGCGCGGCCUUGUGGGUCAAUUCCCUGGCAUCCUGAUCGAGGAGCUUGCGCCAAACGCUUACUGCAAGAAAGAAGAACAGCAGGGCAAAACGUUCUGGCACCUGACAGCCGUCGGUUCUAUGUAGCGGAUACCUCCUGGAGCUCAUUUGAUCAAACAAAUCUCUCUUCGACAUCCACAUUUGUACUCUUAUACAUUCAUGAGAAUCUCCCAAGCCCGCACAGUACUGUUUAUCUUCUCCAGAGGCUGUGAUGUUCCGAUACCGGGAACAACGUGCCGCAAGUAAAGGUGAAAGACCCAGAGCCGCUGGCCAGGGACGGCAAAUAAUUGCGGUCGCUUGCAGAACACGACCACGCACAAUUUCUACUUUGCUUUCGCUCUCACUUCCUCCUUCUAACCUGUUUAUUGCUCUGCAUUCAGCUACCCAUUUCAUCGGUACGUCCUUCACUGUCAUUGUUAUUCCCUGCUUGACGCCUCUGGCAACCACCGCCAUGACCAUGGCUCCCACCGUACACGUCAUCUAUCCCGACUACAAUACUGUUAUUAUUCUGAGGAAUGCGU